AUGACGGCAACUUGCCUAUCUAGAGCCCUCUUCUUCUUAUACAGUUCUGACAGGCUGUCUGGUACUUUAAAAAAAAAAGAAAAUGAACAAAAUCUUGAUUCUAUUGUAAAUAAUAAAGAUCAACUAAAAAUUACUUCCGAUAUUGUUUCUGACCCAAUUAACAGCAAUAUUAAUGAUACCAUGUUAUGUGAAAAUCAGACUAUUAACUUGAAUGAUCCAGUUGAAUGGAAAUCUGAUAAUAAUCAUCAGGAUUACAUACCUAACCAGAAAUGGUUAUAUUCAAAAUAUAGAUUAUUGUUUGAAAGCGAUACGCAACUCGGUCCUAAUGAAGGAUUUAAUGAUUGGAAAAAUGCAUCUGAACGUCUAACUUUUCAUGAACAAUCAAAAGAACAUAUGACUAAUAUUUUAAAUUUUAUGAGCCAACAAAAAUUUACUGGUAGAAUAGAUCAGGAAUUAAUAGAAGAAAUAGAAUAUGAAACAAAGUAUUGGAAAGAAGUAUUGAUACGUAUUAUUGAGACUAUUAAAUUGUUGGCUUCAAAAUGA